UAUCUGUGCUAUGCUGAGCGUUGUUGAGGUUAUGUUAUGUUUAAGAUUUUUGCUGACUGAAAAUUAAUUUAUAUUCUAAUUUAAAAUAAUGAUCUUUAGAGAAGAAUGAAAUAAGCUAGUGUGUAAUAUAGUUACAUGUAGGAAUGGAUUCAAGUGAAAACAAUUAAGUAUUUAGUGAAUAAGUGACAAAUUAAGCGUUCGAUUUUGAUGUCACCUUUUAGGAAAAAAUAUUGUGUUUAAGUGAGCUUGUAGUCUUUUGGUCUACAAUAUGAGUUCUCGAGGGCUUUCUAAGAAGGAGCUUGAGGAAUUGAAGAAGAAGGAAGAAGAAGAAGCGGCUGCUCAUGUGUUCAAGGAAUUUGUAGAGACCUUUCAGGAGGUCCCAAGCACAGCCAGCAAAGUCUGGGUAAAAGCUGGCACAUAUGAUGCAGGAGCAAGAAAGGAAGACACCUCAGAGAGAGGCAAGUUAUACAAGCCAGUCUCCCGCUUGGAUGAGAAGAGGAGCAUCUCGGAGGCUGAUGUGGUUCGCACAUUAGUGCAGAGACCUGAACCUCCAGGCCGUCCACAUGCUAAGAAGAAAGGACAGGACAAGAAGAAGAGUAACUUGGAGCUAUUUAAGGAGGAAUUGAGACAGAUACAAGAAGAGAGAUCAGAGCGUCACAAAUACAAGAAUGUAUUACGUGAACGCGGCGUGGUCGGUGUGGAGCCGUCGUUAGAUAUAAUUCCUGAUGUUGGCUCUUAUGAUACAGGGGACCCUAAUACUACCAACUUGUACCUUGGCAAUCUUAAUCCUAAGAUAACAGAACAGCAACUGAUGGAGAUAUUCGGUCGCUACGGCCCGCUGGCCAGCAUCAAGAUCAUGUGGCCGCGCUCGGACGAGGAGAAGGCUCGCGGCCGGAACUGCGGCUUCGUCGCCUUCAUGUCGCGGAAGGACGGGGAGAGAGCGCUCAGGUGUAUUAAUGGUAAAGAGAUAAUGAGCUACGAGAUGAAGCUGGGCUGGGGCAAGGCGGUGGUGAUCCCGCCGGUGCCCAUCUACAUCCCGCCCGCGCUGCAGCAGCCCAGCAAGCCGCCGCCGCCCUCCGGCCUGCCCUUCAACGCGCAGCCGCCCAAACAUCUCGCUAAUAAGAUUCCCCGAGUGCGACCAGGAGAAUAUUACCCAAGCGAUCCUGAAGAUAAGAAAUUAUAUGAGCAGAUUCUUUCACAGUCAAUAGUCAAAGUAGUGGUGCCUACAGAAAGAAAUAUCUUAAUGCUGAUCCAUCGAAUGGUGGAGUUCGUGAUCCGCGAAGGUCCUAUGUUCGAGGCCAUCAUUAUGAACAAGGAGCUCAACAAUCCGUUCUUUCGGUUCCUGUUCGAGAACCAGUCGCCUGCGCACAUCUACUACCGGUGGAAGCUGUUCUCUAUGCUUCAGGGAGACUCGCCCAAACAGUGGUCGCUUGAGGACUUUAGAAUGUUUAAAGGCGGUUCAGUAUGGCGGCCGCCCGUCAUGAAUCUCUACACAGCUGGCAUGCCUGAUGAGCUGGUAGAGGAAGAGGACGCCAAGGAGAAUAUACGAGGAACACUGUCUAACAACCAACGCGACCGCCUCGAGGAACUAAUCCGCGGCCUCACCCCGUCCCGCGCGGCGGUGGGCGCGGCCAUGGCGUGGUGCCUGGAGCACGCGGAGGCGGCGCCCGAGGUGGCCGCCUGCCUCGCCGAGGCGCUGGCCUCGCCCACCACGCCGCCGCAGCGGCGCAUAGCCAGGCUCUACCUGCUGUCCGAUAUACUGCACAAUGCCGGGGCGAAGCUUACGAAUGCUAGUGCUUAUAGGAACGCAUUCCAACAGCGGCUAACAGAGAUAAUGCGCAACUGUCACCUAGCAUGGUCUCGCAUGUCGUCCCGACUGCAGCAAGAGGGGUUCCGUGCUCGCGUCACGCGCAUACUGCAGGCCUGGGCCGACUGGGCGGUGUAUCCUACCGAGUUCUUGCUUCAUAUCAAUGAUGUCUUCCUUGGACAAGAUAAGGAAUCAGACACAGUCCCCGGCCUUACCAACCAAGGCGACACAGAAGAAGGCAACGGCUCCGACUCCGGUGCAUCACCAGCUCGCUCCUCAGCCUCCGAAGAGUCGUGGAACACAGCAGCCGCGGGUCCGUUGGAUGGGGCAGCGCUGCGGCGGCUGGCCUGCAUGCUGCCCGAGGCGGCGCCCGCGCCUGCUGUGAGGAGUAACGUGCAUGAUGAUAUUGAUGGGGUGCCCGUGGACGAGGACAUAGACGGCGUUCCCCUCGAGUCGGACAGCACGCUGCGUGCGGCGGGCGGCAGCUUCGUGCCCUCGCGCUGGGAGACCGUCGACACCGACGCCAACGACGAGCCCGCCAGGCCGGCGGUAGACAACGAGCCGCCCACGCCUACUGCCAUGCAGCAUGAUAAUGAGGAGCAAUCCCUGAAGCGCGAGACGCUGCGUGAGAUCGAGGUGCGCGUGCUGAAGUACGCCGACGAGCUCGACGCCGGCGUCCGCGCCCGCCGCCCGGGCCUGACCCACGCCCAGCAGAUACACCACUACCGCAGGAAACUUAUUAAAAAGGCAUCUCGAGAAGCUAAAGAAGCCGUUGAAGAAGUGAGAGAAUCACCAGAACCGAGACGAAGAUCUCCCGUUGAAGAUGACACAUAUUCCACAACUUCAUCGAAGAAGUCAAAGAAAUCACGCGAGCCCUCUCUGUCGCCGCCGCCGAAGCGAUCACGAUACAGUGACCGCAAGUCAAGGUCCCGGUCCAGAUCGCGAGAAAGGGAAAGGGAUCGCGAUCGUUCCCGCGAGAGAGAACGUGAGAGGGACAGGGAGCGAGACCGAGAGAGGGACAGGGACAGGGACCGGCGCCGACGCUCCCCCGCCACGCCCCCCUCGCAUCACCACCGGAAACAUAGCAAGCAUACCAAGUAUAAGUACUGAGACCAAGUAUAAGUGCUGUGAAAUGACUAGUGUAUUUAAGCAAAUAAAUAUUAUUAUAUAAUAAA